GACCAUUUUACGGACUUUAUCACGUGUCAGGUAACCGGAAGUCGGAAAACAGUGGAAGGCGGAAAGCGUCUCUUUUAAAGUCUGAUUUUGUUUUGGCGUUUGAUAUGAAUUGAGAUACGAUUCAUAUAGUCUUACACCGAUACAGAAAGUGGGUAUUGUGAAAAUGGAAGAAACAGCUGUGAGAUUAGUCAAACAAGAGCCUUAUGAUGAGGAUGAUGGCCUCUAUCCAUUUGUUUGUGGUAUAUGUGGCUAUAGAUUUAAUAGAAUUAAGGAGUACUGUAAGCACUUUGAUCUGCACAGUGACAUGGUAACUGCUGAAUUCUUCCAUUCUUGUACAAAUGGUGAUGAUGAUGAGGAAGAAGACAAUGAAGAUACUGCUGUACUAGAAGACAAGUAUGAUCAUUCAGCCAAAUUCUAUUCAUGUGGGGUUUGUAAACAACAGUUUGCCACCCUUUGUCUAAUGCAUGAUCACUUCUGCGAAAACUACAGCAGUGCAGAAUUAUACAUUGUUGAUCCUGAGAAACGACAAGGACUUCCUAGACGAAGAAGAUGUGCAGGAUCGUUGUUCAGGGGAAGUGUUGCUUUGCCUGAGUUUGGUGAAGUAGUUAAAACUGAAGUGACAGAAGAUGAUGGAGAUGAUGAUAUGGAGUGUGAAAACAUUAAUGAUGAAGACAUGGAUGAGAGUUUAGGCGAUGCUAGUGAAGGGGUGGACACACCAUCAAAAUCUCGGGAAAGCAUUGGAGACAAAUCUGAAAGUAGUAUAGCUAUUCAAAAAAUCACAGUUAAUUACGGAGAUCAUUCAGAAACAUAUGAAAUUGGGGUGAAUGGGAAAAAAUCAGAUAAAUCAACUAGAACAGUGAAUGUAAAAAAGAAAAAUGCUGUUAUGAAUACCGCAGCAACAGAAUCGGAAGCUGAUGAGGAUAUGUCAGAUGAGUUCGAUAAAGGGAUAGACUCAGAAUCGUCAAUUAAAAACAAAAUAAAAAUCUUUACAAAGAGAAAAGGAGAAUCAAGGGCAGUUGAGGAAAAUAUGUUUGAGUCUUAUGAGAAUGCAGAGAGUUUAAGGGGAAGGAGAAGAGAAAGUGUACCUGUACCUGCUAGCCAAAUUAAAGAUAUGAUUGCUCAGGCUCAAAUUGUUGGUGAAGAAGAAGGAUCAAACACAAAAUCUUCUUGCCCAGUCUGUCAAAAAACUGUUUUGAGGAGUUACCUUUAUCAACAUUUCAAAAAAACUCACUCAGAUGAAGAAUUUCCUUGCCAUGUCUGUGGAAAGAUUUUCUCCAAUAAAGGAUAUCGUACAGAUCAUAUAAGGUUCUUUCAUGAGGGUAUAAAGAAGAUUCGCAAUGAUGGAGGACUAGGUUUUAAGGUUGGAAGGCAUGUCAAAGCUGAAUCUCGGGCCAUUUUAGAAAAAGCCGUUCUUGUUGGUGAAGAAGACGGUAACAAUACAAAAGUAGAAUGUCCAGUGUGUAAAAAAGUACUAUUAAGGCAUUAUUUAGUGAAACAUCACCAGAAGUUACAUUCUGAUAAAAAGUACCCAUGUGACCAGUGUGAUAAAGUCUUCCCAUAUAAUGGUUAUUUAGCUGAUCAUAAGAGAUAUGUUCAUCAAGGGAAGAAAAAGAAGUCACAGUUAACACGAUAUGCCAAGGAGGCGGACAUAAUAGCUCUCUGUGACUCAGCACAGCCCGUUGCCAGGAAGAGAGGGGAAAAACCAAAAGUUGUCUGUCCUAAAUGUGACAAGACAAUUCAACAGGAGUAUUUAGCUAAACAUUUACGAGCUGCCCACUCUGAUGAACAAUAUCCAUGUGACAUUUGUAAAAAGACUUACUCAUGUAAAAGGUUUUUAUACGAGCAUCAGAAGUAUGUACAUAUGGAAAAGGACACAGAGUGUGAAAUCUGCCAAAAACUUUUCAAAGGAUUUGCUGCCAAGGAGAAGCACAAAAGGUUGAUACAUACAGACAAUAAACCGUUCCAGUGUGAAAAAUGUGGGAGCGCAUUUAGGACAAGUUUUGAAUGUAAACGGCAUAUGUCACAACAUGAAGAUAUUAAUCUUUUCCCUUACCAAUGUCCAAAAUGUGAGAGACGUUUUAAAUCACAGAAGUCAAUGUUGAGUCAUGAGAGAUCUGUACACAGGAGAGUGGGACGACUUCAAUGUAAAUGGCCAGGAUGUAAUAGAAUUCUCAAUGAUAAAGCUACCUUCAGGAAACAUUAUUGUAUUCAUACAGGAGAAAAACCAAACAAGUGUCCUAUAUGUGGUAAAGGUUUUAUUCAACGUGUGGCUCUCAAAUAUCACCUCAAAACAAAACACAACAGUGAGGAGAAGAUGCCACCUGGACGGUCACCUGCUUGCUGUGACAAUAGGGUGAAACAUCCAGAUAUACAAUUGUUCCGAGAGGCCCAGCCUGUGCCGCUAGAUCCGGACGAGUACGUAGAGGAGUACACAGAAGUGCCCAUGGAGAGUCUAGUUCAGGGUACCGAGGUCCAACAGGUGAACCUCUCCGAUGCUUCCAUCGUGUCGGAUUUGAUUGAGAUUGCCCAGUCAAGUGAGGGCGGAACAGUACCGGCGGCAUUGCAGCACGUGUUUGAUGGAGUUGACGGAGAGAAUAGAACUAUUGUUAUAUACUAUCAAUGAUUACUAGUAGUUAGCCUUUAUAAUGAAUUGUUCAAUGUUAUGAAUUGGAAGAUAAUUUUUUGUAUCAAAACUGUUAUUGCUUGUUGGUUUAUUAUGAGUUUUUCUAGCGUUUUUUUUUUUUUGUUUGUUUUUUUUUGUAAAUAGUUCAUUUCUUCUGUACUGUUUUAAGUGUAAGAUUUGCCAGCAAUCAAAAAGAUACCUGGGAGAUGAUUUGUAUGGUAUUAUUAUGACACAAAAAAGAUUUAUAGAUAGAGUUUCAAAGGUACACACGUCCUUUUCACGCCAGUUUAUUUUAUUUGACUUUGUUAUGGAAAGAUAAAAGAAAUGAAUGUAAUAAUAAUGAUUUUACUAUUUGUUUGUACAUCUAACUUUAAUCUUUUCUGACUACACGUAAUAUAUAUUAAUCAUAACUUUACCGAACCAGAAAAAAUAUAGAGGAUAUUUGUUUGUUUUGCAUGUAAGAUUGAAAUAUAAUUUCACUGAGUGAACACCAGAUGCAAUAUUUUCACGAGUGGCGUAGCCACGAGUGAAAAUAUAAUAGCUGGUGUUCACGAAUGAAAUAUAUUUCAAUCUUAUAUGUAAAACAAAUAAAUUUUCUUUUUAUUUUAUGCUUUUUAAGUGAUUUUAAGUAAUUAUUUAAUGAUUUUGCCGCUUAACGUCGCGCAUUCUCCUUUGUGACGUCAUAAUAUCAUGACGUCACAUAAUCAGUUUUGAAAUCUAGUUCCGUUAAAUUUCUCUAAUUUUGUUAAAUUUCUUACAUGAUGUAUGAUGACAUUGACUUUUUUUUUCUAAAGAAGCAAACUUUACGUAUGACGGCAUUUAUUGCUGCCUGUUAUUCCAUUUAUUUAUGAUUUUCUGUUCAUCCGCAUUCAGAUAUAGUCCGGCUACAGUGAAAAUUAUAUUUUAUAAAUUUCACUAGUGGUUUAUCAGAAUAUAAUCAUCUGAUAUAUUACAAUAAAACACUGGAAAGCAUGAAAUAAAAUGUUGUUAUUCAUUAAAAUACUCUAUAUUUAUUUAAAUCUCUGAGUAGACAGGUUAUGAUUUAUGAUAAACAAGUGAAAAUUUACUAGUUUCUGGGGCAUAAUGUGUCUUUAAAUUUUUAAUCAAAUGGUGUUUAUAUUCAUACAAAACUGAGAAGCAUUAUUAAACCUACUGUGCAAAUGACAUUAAUUUUCUUUUAAAGUCAAAGAUUUGGAAUUACAACUGCCAUUUACCUUGUCAUUUUACAUGUGGUAUUAAGUGUUUGCAUUUUAGCUAAGUUUUUGUUAAACUUAGUGACAUAAUUUAUUUCAUAAAUAAAGACUGAAUGUUAAAAUGAAAUAUUUGUAAAUCAUCUGAACAUAUACAUUUGUAUUUAUUAAAAUGCUAUGCCGAUUGUAACUGUUUUUAUGUUAUAUAUAGAAACCCAGUUGAUAUUUGAUGAUUCUGUGGAAAAUAUAGGUUAUUUGUAAAUAUUUGUUAUUGCAAUACGUGUUACUGUUGUUUAUAGGAAGACAUUUGAGGCAAAUAACAUGUUAUUUUCAUCAAAAUUUGUUGAAACGAACAUCUAUUUAAAUUCACAGUCAAUUUUCUAGCUUAUAGAUUGCCAGUGUUUGUAUCAGAAAUGGUGUUUUGUAAACACUAUAUUGACGUCAAUGUACUGUAAUUUCAAAAAAGUAUGGUGCAAUAACUGGUUAAGUACUUCUAAAUUUAAUAGGAGUUAACCAGUUAUUGAACUAAGGUGAUGAUUUGUACAUGUAAAGAAGUUUUAUUGCAGCAGGUUUACAGAUGUAUUCAUGAUCUUCUUUUCAUUGUUUAAGAUAAUAAUAUUGCAACC